UCAAACUUUGAGAAAUAAUAAAUCUUAAAGGAAAAAAUUAAACUUAUAUAGAAUUACGCAAUUUUUAAUCUUGUUAAUGUUAAACUAGAUUAAGCUAAUGUCAAAGUGAAACAGCAAAAUGUUUAGGGAGUGUUAAGAGAAAAAGUGUUUGCUGCAGGCAAAAAUAAUUCCUACUUAUAAAUUGAUAACAUGUGAUUGAACGCAAGUGUUUUUUUUAAAUACAACCGAAUGUCAUUGACUAUUAGCACAUCAGUAGCAAUUAAUUAUAGGUGAUUCUGCAUUCCAAUAUGUUUUCGGAAAUGGAAAAUUAUCACAGUGUCAAGCAAGAACCAAAAGAUUUCACCUCUGUUAUUCAAGAAAUAGGGGCUUCUUCAGCUUCAGUACCUAUUCCUGGUAGUCAUAGAAGUGCUCACUGCAAUCAUGAUCAACUUUCACCUUCUCCACUUGCUAAUACAGCACUCUGGGGACAUAAUUGUCCAAAUGAUAUUUUUCUAGAGCCGCCAUUUAAGCUUGAGAUUCAGAAUACAUCAGAUCCGGCACUUUCUUUUAAAAUGGAUGAUGAUGACAUUUUUCAAGUCGACAAAGCUGAUCUUAUUCAAGGACCUACCCUAGCAGAACUUAAUGCAAAUGAUGAUACAUUGUUGGGAGAUCUUAAUUUUGAUGAUUUAUUGUUACCUAGUGAAAAUGUACAAUCAUUAAGUGCUACAUUCAACGAAAUUCAAUCAAAUACAACCACAUCUGCCUUCAGUACUUUUGGCAUUGGACACAAUCAUUAUUCUCAAAUCAACCAAGGCUGUCAUAGUUUUUCUCAGCCCACAAAUUUGAGCAGUUUUGUUACAUAUAAAACUGCAAAUCUAAGAGAAGAUGCUAAUACAUCGACAUUUUUGCAUCACAAGUUCCAUAAUGUCUCAGACUCAGUUUUGAAACCUGUUGAUCAGUCUAUAUGUAAUGAGGUUUUUAAAAAAGAUGAUGGUGUUUCAAACGAUUUUCGAAGCAGUCACAUAGAAAUUGGUUGUUCGUAUCCAAUCAAAUCUAAGACUUUAUGUUUAUCUACAUCAGCUCCUACUCAGUCAAUGGGUCUUGAACAAAUUUGGGAGCGUAGAGAACCUCGACAAUACUUAUUAAGCACAGGAAGCUUAGGUCUUGGUGAAGCUGGAUCAACAAGUAGCCUAAGUACAGGAGGAGCUCUCAGUCCAAGUCGACUUGGCCAUAUAGAGCUAUUCAGUCAUGAUGAGGGUUACGAAGAGAGUGAUGAAGAUAGUGAUCAUUAUGACGAGUAUACUAGUGAUAAUGAUUCUGAAGGUACUGACACUGAGGAUCAAACAGGAAUCGUAAGAUCAGUUGGCGAAGUAUUAUCGAAAGAUAGUAAGCAGAAAAGGGAGAAAUAUUUCUGGCAAUACAAUGUUCAAGCUAAAGGUCCCAAAGGACAAAGACUGGUCGCUCGUACUCGCCUUGAAAAUCCUCAUGUUUUGAAUGAGGUCACAGAUCCUGUUUUUAGUCCACAUUGUUCUCUGCGGGGCAUUAAGCACAGUGGUAAAGCAAGAAAAGGCGAUGGCAAUGAUUUGACACCUAAUCCCAGAAAAUUAAAUAGUAUUGGAAAAGAACUCGAUGAAUUAUCACGUAUUAUUACAGAUAUGACUCCUGUUUCGGAGCUGCCUUUUUCAGUUCGACCAAAAACCCGAAAAGAAAAAAACAAAUUAGCUUCACGAGCUUGCAGAUUAAAAAAAAAGGCUCAACAUGAAGCAAAUAAAAUAAAACUAUGUGGCCUGGAACAAGAGCACAAGCGUCUUAUAAAUGGAAUUUUACAAGCCAAACAAAUACUAUCAAUCAAAUUAUCUGCAAGUAGUCCUGAAGUACAAGAUGAACAUACGCGACAAAUGGAUAAAGUUUAUACAAAUGCAACAAAGGUAAAAAUAGCUAACCAUACGACCGAAUUUGUUAACCAGGUGUUGGACAAAGUCAAAUCUGGUAUGCCCAAUGGAGGAAUGGAUGAUUUUUAAAAUACAAAAUGAAGAAUACGAUGAAUUUCAGUUAUUAUUGUAUAGAUAUAUCUUAUAAUAGUGAAUAUUUAAGUUAUUUGGAUUAUUAAAAUAAUCUAUAGCUAUUUAUACGACAUCGAUAACUAAUUGUACAACAUCUGGUUUCUAAAUAUCAGUAUGUAUUUAAAGUUUCUGUAAGCUAUUCUAAUUAUUUAAGACAGUUUUGUAAAUUUCUUUAAAAUAAGUACACAAUAAUUGUAAAAAGUUUUUUUAUAAAG